AAUAUAAGACACUGCAUGGCAUAGAGCCUCACAAAGCGGCCCGCCGUCGAAGAGUGAGUUUGGUCGAAGGCUUUUGUAGAAUAUAGAAAUACGGCAAGAUGCGUGAGAUUGUACACAUCCAGGCCGGCCAAUGUGGCAACCAGAUCGGAGCUAAGUUCUGGGAGGUGAUCUCCGACGAGCACGGUAUUGACCCUACCGGAACCUACCACGGGGACUCCGACCUCCAGCUCGAGAGAAUCAACGUCUACUACAAUGAGGCCACCGGCGGCAAAUACGUCCCACGUGCCAUCCUGGUAGAUCUCGAGCCCGGAACAAUGGACUCCGUGAGGUCCGGCCCCUUCGGUCAGAUCUUUCGACCGGACAAUUUCGUGUUCGGCCAGAGUGGUGCCGGAAACAACUGGGCAAAGGGUCACUACACAGAAGGCGCCGAGCUAGUCGACUCCGUCCUGGAUGUCGUCCGCAAGGAGGCCGAGUCAUGCGACUGCCUUCAGGGAUUUCAGCUCACACACUCCCUGGGUGGCGGUACCGGAUCUGGCAUGGGAACACUGCUCAUUAGCAAGAUCCGUGAAGAGUACCCCGACCGUAUCAUGAACACUUUCUCAGUUGUGCCAUCACCGAAGGUAUCCGACACCGUCGUCGAGCCAUACAACGCAACUCUGUCAGUCCACCAGCUCGUUGAGAACACCGACGAGACCUAUUGCAUCGACAACGAGGCUCUGUACGACAUCUGCUUCAGGACCCUGAAGCUCACCACCCCCACAUACGGUGACCUGAACCAUCUCGUCUCUGCCACCAUGUCCGGUGUUACCACCUGUCUCCGAUUCCCCGGUCAGCUGAACGCCGAUCUCCGAAAACUGGCUGUCAACAUGGUCCCCUUCCCACGUCUCCAUUUCUUCAUGCCUGGCUUCGCUCCUCUUACAUCUCGUGGUAGCCAGCAGUACAGGGCUCUCACCGUCCCCGAGCUCACUCAGCAGAUGUUCGACGCCAAGAACAUGAUGGCUGCCUGCGACCCGCGUCACGGCAGGUACCUCACCGUUGCCGCCUUGUUCCGUGGACGCAUGUCCAUGAAGGAGGUCGACGAACAGAUGUUGAACGUUCAGAAUAAAAACAGCAGCUACUUCGUCGAAUGGAUUCCCAACAACGUGAAGACCGCCGUCUGCGACAUCCCACCACGUGGUCUCAAGAUGUCCGCCACCUUCGUCGGAAACAGCACCGCCAUCCAGGAACUUUUCAAGCGCAUCUCCGAACAGUUUACCGCUAUGUUCCGUCGUAAGGCUUUCCUCCACUGGUACACCGGCGAGGGCAUGGACGAGAUGGAGUUCACCGAGGCCGAGUCGAACAUGAACGACUUGGUGUCAGAGUACCAGCAGUACCAGGACGCCACCGCCGAGGAGGAGGGAGAGUUCGAAGAGGAGGAGGGCGAGGGUGCAUAAACAGCUCUGCGCCAAAUUUAUAGAUCAGUUGAAAUGCACAAUUCAACAUAUUUACACCAUACCCGUAUUAAGAAACAUAAAAACAUUGACAACAACGUAUCAUUCAAUAUUAUAUAUGAAUAGUUUUUCCAAAUUUAAGGUCAAU